AUGGAGAGCGGAAACAACGACAAAAUCAAGCUUGAAGAAGCACUUUCUAGAGAAAAGGAAAAAUUAGAAAAGUUACUACUUGAGUGUUACGAGGAUGAACAAGCUAAAUGGCAUUUACAAGCUAAAGCCUUGGAGCAAAUGCACCAAGAGAAGUUGCGUCGUCUUUGGGAAGAAAUAGGAUAUGUUCUUUGGGAAGAAAUAGAAAAUGUUCGUGCUAUAGAUCGGGAAAAGUUAGAGAAAGUAAAGUGGGAACUAGAAGCUUUUAAAAUCAGACAUGGACUAGUCGAAGGGCAUGUUGAAGUUUACAAGAGAGAUGUGAAUGCGAUGCGAGAAGAGAGGGACAAUGCUCUCAAAUUAGUCCAUGAGAUCACAACAAAGCAUGAGAAUAUGUGUCUCAAGGCUGAGCAUGAGAAUAUGUGUCUCAAGGCUGAGGAGUUCGAAAGCAAGUACAAGAGCGAGCUAAUUCUCACGGAAGCUCUUAUGAAAGAAAAACAAGAGAUCACAACAAAGGAUGAGAAUAUGUAUCUCAUGGCUGAGAAGCUCGAGAGCGAGCUAAAUCUCACGAAAGUUCUUCUUAUCAAAGCAAAACAAGAGCUUGAGAUAUCUUACAGUACUAAAGAUGCAGAUGCGAUGCGAAAGGAGAGGGACAAUGCUAUCAAAUUUGUCAAUGAGAUCACAACAAAAAAGCAAGAAGUGAUGAAAGAUCCACAUGUGACAAGCGAUGGAUUCACGUACGAAGCAGAAUCUAUUAGGGCAUGGUUUAGCACAGGUAAACAUACAUCACCAAUGACAAAUCUCAAGCUUUCUCACACCAAUCUUGUCCCUAACCGGGCUCUCCGUUCAGCGAUUCAGGAAUUGGUUUGA